CUCUCUCUCUCCAAGUCAAACUCUUCUUGAUACCACACACCCAACCGCCACCAUUCAUCCAUCAUCAAACAAAAUGUCUACCUCUCUCGACCAGCUCAAGGCCACCGGCACUGUCGUUGUCAGCGACUCUGGCGACUUUGCCUCCAUCGCCAAGUACAAGCCCCAGGAUGCCACCACCAACCCCUCCCUCAUCCUCGCCGCUUCCAAGAAGCCCGAGUACGCCAAGCUGAUUGACGAGGCCGUCGCCUACGCCAAGAAGAAGGGCGGCUCCGUCGACGAGCAGGUCGACGCUGCCCUCGACUCCCUCCUCGUCGAGUUCGGCAAGGAGAUCCUCAAGGUCGUUCCCGGCAAGGUCUCCACCGAGGUCGACGCCCGCUUCUCCUUCGACACCAAGGCCUCCGUCGACAAGGCCCUGCACAUCAUUGACCUGUACAAGGAGCAGGGCAUCUCCAAGGACCGUGUCCUCAUCAAGAUCGCCUCCACCUGGGAGGGUAUCAAGGCCGCUGAGAUCCUCCAGCGUGACCAUGGCAUCAACACUAACCUGACCCUUAUGUUCUCCAUUACCCAGGCCAUCGCCGCCGCCGAGGCCGGUGCCUACCUCAUCUCCCCCUUCGUCGGCCGCAUUCUCGACUGGUACAAGGCUGCCCACAAGAAGGAGUACACCAAGGAGGAGGACCCCGGUGUCAAGUCCGUCCAGACCAUCUUCAACUACUACAAGAAGUUCGGCUACAAGACCAUCGUCAUGGGUGCCUCUUUCCGCAACACUGGCGAGAUCACCGAGCUUGCCGGCUGCGACUACCUCACCAUCUCUCCCAACCUGCUCGAGGAGCUCCUCAACUCCGACGCCCCCGUCCCCAAGAAGCUCGACUCCGCCGCGGCCCAGAGUCUCGACAUCCAGAAGAAGUCGUACAUCAACGACGAGCCCCUCUUCCGCUUCGACUUCAACGAGGAGCAGAUGGCCGUCGAGAAGCUCCGCGAGGGUAUCUCCAAGUUCGCUGCCGACGCUGUCACCCUCAAGGACAUCAUCAAGGCCAAGGUCCAGGCAUAAAUCGUCUGUAACGGGAUAUGGGAAUGAGGGCGUUAGGCAUGUGUGUGGAGGAUAUAUCAUGAUGUGAGAAUGACUUAAUGAGAUGGAAAUAAAAAAGAACACAAUUCCCAUUAUACGCGCACAGCACUUGAGAAGUGAAAGUGAGACGUUAUGCCAGAGAACUCUCCUUUUUUUUUUUUUUUUCUUUCU